GUGGCCGGCCCGCGUCCCGUCGGGCGCCGCGCGGGGUCACCGCAGGGUCGGCGCGGGGUCGGCGGGUCAGGCGUCGCAGCUCCGGUGCCCUGGCGGCUCCCCGACUCCGGCGUCUCCCCGGCUUGGCGGCCCGGGCGAGCGGGCGGGCGGGCGCAGAAUGUACACGCUGCUGUCCGGCCUGUAUAAGUACAUGUUUCAAAAGGACGAGUACUGCAUCCUGAUCCUGGGUCUGGACAAUGCCGGGAAAACGACCUUCUUGGAGCAGUCAAAAACCCGCUUCAACAAGAACUACAAGGGGAUGAGUCUGUCCAAAAUCACCACCACCGUGGGUCUAAACAUCGGCACAGUGGACGUGGGCAAGGCUCGCCUCAUGUUCUGGGACCUAGGGGGGCAGGAAGAGCUGCAGUCUUUGUGGGACAAGUACUACGCGGAGUGCCACGGCGUCAUCUACGUCAUCGACUCCACGGACGAGGAGAGGCUGUGCGAGUCCAAGCGCGCGUUCGAGAAGAUGGUCACAAGCGAGGCGCUGGACGGUGUCCCCAUCCUGGUGCUGGCCAACAAGCAGGACGUUGAGACUUGCCUCUCCAUCCCCGACAUCAAGACCGCGUUCAGCGAUUGCAUCUCCAAGAUCGGCAGGCGCGACUGCCUGACCCAGGCCUGCUCGGCCCUCACGGGCAAGGGGGUGCGCGAGGGCAUCGAGUGGAUGGUGAAGUGCGUGGUGCGGAACGUGCACCGGCCGCCGCGGCAGCGGGACAUCACGUAGCGCCUCGGCCCAGGCCCGGAGGAGCUCCUGCCGGCACCGCCGCCGACCCUGGGGGCUGGUACGCCCUGCCCUUCGGUUUUCCACCUGCUUUGUUUCCUCGAAGACAAACUUUCCUCUGUGUCCAAAAGAGCAUAGGCAUCCAGGGGCUGCUUCUCCUGAGGAGGCCAGGCCGGGUGCCGCUGCAGGGUACCACCUGACCCGCACCCGGCCUGGCCUCUACCCUGAGGCCCAGGGUAGGGGCCCCAGGUGGGCCCAUGGUGGCAACCUGCUGGGCAGUGGGGUUGCUAGGUUGUCGGGUACGGCUCCCAGGGCUGCCCCCAGCCUUGUGCCUGUGGAAGAGUCUGCUGGGGCCACGGGUGUCCUCAGCCUCUGCCUCUGGAGGGGGGCUGGGGGCUGCUCUCAGCUUGCGGGGGGCCUGGCCCUCAGCCCUGCCAGGAGCAAUCUGCCUAUGAGGGCAGGUGCCCCCUUUGCGGGGUUACCACCUGGUUGCGACUCCCCCUCCAGGAGGGUAAAGCUCUGUGGUCUUGAGGGGGGGUGGGCACCCACCUACAUGACCAGUUACUAGCUCAGGGGUGCUGGGAGCCUGGGCUGGGGCUGGGCUGGGCCUCUUCCCACCAAGGGGUGGGGGAGGGUCAGAAACCCUUUCCAGGCCUCUGCCCAGGAGCAGAGACCCUCCCACACAGGGCCCAGGGGUGUGGGCAACACCCAGGGAGCCUAGGCGAGUGAUGACAGGGGCCUGGUGGCCUCGUGUCUGAGGGUCACAGCCCCCAGAUGCGCCCCCCCCUCCCGACGCGGGGCCUGGGCUGCGUUGGGAAAGGGGUGAGUCAGGACUGGGGCUGAGGACCAGCUGCAGGUGAGGUGACUCACAGGAGUGGGCUGUGACCCUGCCUCUCCCUGGGGCUCAGGCAGGGGGCUCCCGGGCUGGCGGGGGGGUGGGGGGGGGGCGCUGCCAGGGCUGGGAGGCCGGCGUUGAUGAGUCAAGCUCUUAUCUGACCCUGCCCCAGAAGGGAAAGGCCUCGUUUCCCAGAAAGCCGCAGGGACACGCUGCCCGGCCCGGAGGCGGGCCCCUUCUGGGAAAUCCCCGGGCGGCUCGGCGGGAGGCGCCGCCACCCCGGGCACGCCUGGCACGCCGUCCAUCCUACCCCCUGCCGGCGCCCCUCGGCGGGAAGGGCUCCGGAGCCGGCUGCCCGCCCUCGCCCCGCCGUCCCCCAGGGCCCUCCCUUCCUCGAGGGUCGGUGCAGAUGCUGCCGGAGGGAGGGGCGAGCGGCCCCCCGAGGCGCCCAGGUGUUCCCCCACCAAGUGUGCCCGCCGCACCCCAGACUCCACGCUCCUUUACGAAUCGGCUUUAUAAAAAUAAAGUUAGCGCCGCCCGA